AUGCAACAUGCAACCUCCCCUGGCACAUUGCCAGAGAAGAUAUAAUUAUACCCUCACGCUGCUCUGUUAGCAGGGCGUCAUUUUGACUAGCCGUUCGUUCAAGCUCCGGUGUCGUUAUGAAGGUCGCUGGCCUGCUAGGCGUGGUAGCGCUGCUCACUCAAUGUAUUUUUGUGGCAGCACAAGCACCACCCCCAGAGUGCGGUACAAAAUGCUUGAUUGGAGCUCUUCAGUCGUCUACCUGCGCUCCCAACGACGUACCAUGUAUCUGCGCAGAUGCUACCUUACAAGCAACAGCUGGCGCCUGUGUACUGCAAACAUGUAGCGUUGUUGAUGCUCUAGCGUCGAGAAAUGCCUCCGCGACAAUGUGCAACGAGCCUGUUCGCGAUGUUCGCAAGAUACCUGUCAUCAUGACUGCUGUAUGCGGCAGCUUUGCUGUACUGUUCAUAGGCGUGAGAGCGUUGGUGACUGAUCAGACGAACGCGGUCGAGAUGCUGUGUGUGCUUUUGGGAUUUCUCGCAGCCGUACCACUCGUUGUCAUGGUAGCCUUCUACUACAUCUAUGGUCUGGGCAAAGACAUAUGGACACUCUCGCCACACUCUAUCACAAUGGUCAUCAAGGCAAUCUGGGUUGGCGAAUUCUCUUACGUCACGACGCUCUGCUUCACACGCAUGUCCUUCCUCUUCUUCUACCUACGCAUCUUCCCACGCACCACUCUCCGGCGCCUCACUAUCAUCCUCAUAGUCGUUAAUACCCUACACGGGCUCUCGUUUGCCCUCGCAGUUAUUUUCAACUGCAGGCCUAUUUCGUUCACGUGGACGAAGUGGCGACAGGAUGGGGAAGUGGGUUCAUGCACGAAUAUCAACGCCGUUGCCUGGAGUCAUGCCGCAACGACAAUUGCGAUGGAUCUCUGUGUCAUUGCAUUACCGAUGCCCGAAUUAUGGGGUUUGAGGGUUGGCAGGAAGAAGAAGAUUAGUAUAAUGCUGCUCUUUGGAGUUGCGUUCUUUAUCACAAUUGUCUCCGUCUUGCGCCUCCAAGCUCUCGUCAGCUACUCCACAUCCACAAACCCGACCUACGAUAACACCGCCACAGUCUACUGGUCCGUCCUCGAAACCUACGUCUGUAUAAUAUGCUCGUGCCUACCCUCCUUCCGCGCCUGGCUCAAACGCGUCGCUCCCGGUCUCGUGGAAAGUCGCCCCGCAAACAGCAGCUACGGCGCCAGCGGUGGCAAAAAGCGCUUUCCGAAUAACUACCACCGACGCGACUACUCGCAGAGGGUCAGCUCGCGUGAGAACAGCAGCUGCGAUAAGGGAAUCUUGAAGACGGUGACAAAUAUAGUGACACGCGAUGCGGAGAGUGAGAUUGAGCUCGUCGAUGUCGAGGAGCAGGGUUCCAGGAGCAAGGCCUUUGAUGACAGGACGGUAUGACGAUCAGUUGAGACGAGGAUGCGGCGCAGCUUUGCUCUGUGCGCCUGUACAUGCUACCAUAUGAAGACAUACGAAAAGGGAGGCUAUUUUGCAUUACGACUUUAAUCCAGUGCUAAAUCUGAGCGCUGAGCUUGGGAAAAAAGCGGGAUGACCCGCGGCGCCGGAUAUGGAGUUUACUCAGGGAAGGAAGGCACUCAUUCCAAUGUUACGCCGCCGAGGAAUUCUACGAUAUG